GCCGCAAAACCAGCUGAUUGAAAUCGUAGCAAUCAACGUCGUUGGUUGGGGGGGCACCGACAAUUGAAAUAAUAUUCAACUUUUUUUUCGUGUUAUUUACGUCGCUUGAAAGCAUACAAAAUGCUAACAAAUUGUGCCGCAAAAACACUGAACGUUGUUCGGGGUAGCCUGCGUGCGAUUGCCACGAGCAGCGCCCAGCGCAGCGACAAUCUGUUCGUGCAUCGCGAUACGCCCGAGGAUAAUCCGAACAUACCCUUCGAAUUCACCGCCGAGAACAAGAAGCGUGUGGACGCCAUUCUCAGCAUCUAUCCCGAGGGACACAAGCGUGGCGCCAUGAUCCCGCUGCUCGAUUUAGCGCAACGCCAAUACGGCUGGCUCCCCAUUUCGGCUAUGCACAAGGUGGCCGAGAUCCUGGGAUUGCCCAAUAUGCGUGUCUACGAGGUGGCCACAUUCUACACAAUGUUCAUGCGCAAGCCGACGGGUAAAUAUCACAUUCAAGUGUGCACCACAACUCCGUGUUGGUUGCGCGGCUCUGAUGCCAUUCUGGAUACAUGCAAGAAGCAGCUGGGCAUCGGCGUCGGCGAGACGACCAAGGACAACAAGUUCACCAUAUCCGAGGUGGAGUGUCUAGGCGCCUGUGUCAAUGCCCCCAUGGUGUCCGUCAAUGAUGAUUACUACGAGGAUUUGACAGCCAAGGAUAUGCAGGAUAUUCUGAAUGAUCUGAAAGCGGAUAAGAUUUCGCCGCCCGGUCCACGCAACGGACGCUUCGCCAGCGAACCAAAGGGCAAGCCCACAUCUUUGUCCGAGGAGCCAAAGGGACCCGGUUUCGGCCUGCAAGCGGGUCUCUAAGGCCAUAAAUACAGACACACCUCCAUCUAUCCCUAGCCUAAAUGCAAACUGUCUCCGCCAAAAACAAAAACUGGCUGAUCAAAUGCAAUAAAUGAAAACAAAAAAAAAAUUAAA